AUGACACGGGAUCCGAAAUGGCGUGACACCAUUAAACUAAAAUUCAAAGCAGGAGAAUUGGUUGACCUCAUUAAUUACAGGGUGAUGUUUCGCAUCGUGAGCCACGCCAGCCGUGGGGCCACAAUGUGCCAGACCAUGGGGCGCGGAGUGCUCGCUUUCGAUCAAAUUGCCAAGCACAGGUCGACAACCUUCACAUUUUCUGUGGACCUGGAGUACAACGGGCUUCCAGCAGGCACAUUGUCUGGCGACGCCAAGGUGAAGGAGAAAAUGAGGAAAUCCAGGCGCAGGGCCCACCGCAGCUCGGGGGUAUUGGAGUAUUGA